AUAAUUUUUUUAAAAACUAAAUUAUUUAGAGCAUAUUACCUCAUUAUUUCUCUUUCUGAAUUUGGUUGUAAAUCACAUCAAGUCACACUCUUUUACUUUGUGCAACCUAUACAUCACGUAAGUGACCCCCCACAUUAAAGUGUUGCAUAGUAAAAUUGAAAAUUGGAUAUGAUGACAACUCCUACUCUAACAAUGCUGGCAAAGAAGAAUACGAUAUCAGGAGCUAAGGGUAUAACGUUUGGCGGGGAUACAUUUGUGGUUCCCGAGACCCAUGAUAUGGUCAAGACAUUAUUUGAUCCGUCAGUUCGUAAGUCAAUCUGUGAAGUUAUAAUUUUAACAUUACUUGCAUCAAAUGGUCUCGUGUUUUGGUUUGUACAAUCCAAUUCUAUUAGAAUUGGAAUAUUUAUUGGAUUCUAUCUAUUUUGGAGAACUUCCUAUAACUUUGGAAUUGGAUAUUUAUUGAAUCUGCAAUCAAAUCAUCAUGGUCUUGUUAAACUUGCCAAUAGAUUUCAAAUCUUUAAAUCUUCAAAUACUUCUACUUUUUCCAAAUUAUGUCAAUUGGAAAUUAAAUCUCAAAUGGGUGUGAAUUAUUCCAUUGAGAAGUAUCCAGUUGAAUUCAAUACUUGGCUUUUAUUUCGUAAAGUUGUGGAUUUAAUAUUGAUGCAAGAUUUCACUACAUUUAUUUGUCUUGUGAUUGUAUGUUCUAUAGAUAAGGAUUAUCAAUUCAUAAACACCAGUCAACAAAGUAUUUGGUUAGUGGCUAGUAGAAUUGUGGUUGGUUCCUUUUUAAUUUUGUUCAAUUUAUGGGUUAAAGUAAAUGCACACAAUACAAUCAAGGAUUAUGCUUGGUAUUGGGGUGAUUUCUUUUUCCGUCAAAUUAACAAUGAAGAGUUGAUAUUUGAUGGUGUUUUCGAAAUGGUUCCUCAUCCAAUGUAUUCUGUUGGAUAUGUUGGUUAUUAUGGAUUUGCUCUUAUUUCAAAAUCUUAUACUGUUUUAGUUGUUGCAUUAUGGGGUCAUUUUCUUCAAAUGAUUUUCUUACAUUACAUUGAAAAUCCUCAUAUUGAUAAAAUUUAUGGUGCUUCCGAUAAUUCAGACCUUGCAAAGUUAAACAAAUUAAAGGAUUUGAGGAAUUUUGAUAACUUGAAACCUUUAGUUGGAUUAACCAAUUUCGACUGGAUUAGAUCGACUGAUUUGAUAACUUUGAUUUUGGCUGCAACUUAUUCAAUUAUUCUCCCAGUUUUUGCUUCAACUUCAACUGGUUUAACUCUUAAAAUUGGUAAAUUUGUAGAUAUACCAACUUUAAGUCCAACUGUAAUGUUAUUUGGUUUGACAAUUGGAAUAAAAGUUUUUGAAGCAAUUUCAAUAAAUACAUUAUUGAUUUUACAAAGUAAUUACAAAACAUUUACUAAAUUUUGCCUUUCAAAUGAUAUUCCUGUUGAAGAAUCAUUAAACAAUUGGUCUGUUAUCUAUAACUCAUUAAUAGUGUUGACUUAUUCCUCAUUCGUGGGAUUAAACAUAUUCCAUUUUUUGAUCGGUAUUAAAAUUGACGAUCUUUACAUUCAAAGCUGGUUACCAUUACGUAUUUUCUUGGGUAUUACAUUGAUUGCAACACAAUUUUGGAUUAACUCUUCCAUUAUUGAUCUGAUUGGGUAUUUUGGUUGGUUCUAUGGGGAUUUCUUUAUUCCAAGAUCUUCGUCUCCUCAAAGGUCACAUUUAACUAAAGCUGGUAUUUAUAGAUAUUUGAAUAAUCCCGAGCAAAUAUUUGGUGUUUGUGGAGUUAUGGGUAUAACCUUGAUAGUUCCAUCUUUAGAAAACUUUUUAUGCUGUUUCUUGUGGGUUACAAAUAAUUUCUUUAGAAUCAACUUUAUUGAAAAGUACCAUAUGAUUAAAGUUUAUGGAGAACAAGAAGUAUUAAAGGAUUCCGGAGUCACAAAAACAUUCAAAAAGCAUUUAAUACCACAAGCUAUUCUGAGAAGAAUGUCCGAUGGCAGUGAAAUUGUUGGCGGAGGAAGAAGGAGAUCUUCAAUUUUCAGUGGUGCAACUGACUCUUUAGAAACUUUUAUUAAGGAGUUAAGAAAUUCUAACGCUAAAUUGAACAAUGAUAAGAUAUUGGAAUUAUCACAGAAUUUAUACUUUGAAAAUUCAGAUUACAAAAUUGCAGUGACUAAUUUAUUAUCAAAUGAAGGUAAUGCAUUUAUGAGAGUUGAACUUGGAACUCCUCUCGUGGUUGAAUGGACUGCUCCAAAUAUCAGUUCAUCAAGAGAUUGGAUUGGAUUAUAUAGAAUUUCUCAAACUUCAUAUUCACGUAAUAAGACCUUGAUUUCUUCCUCUGGAAGAUGGUUUUGGGCUCCUGGUGAAACUGGAAAAGUAACCUUUGCUUAUGAAAAGUUAUUUUGGGAAGAAGGUGUUUAUGAAUUUAGGUAUCAUUUAGAUGGCAAACAUGAUGUUGCGUAUAUUUCGCAACCAUUUGAAAUUAAGGCAACAUCUAUCGAUAUACCUUCCCAAGAAGAAGGUAUUCCGGAAUUUGCUAAUCAAUUGAAAGAGAGAAUAUUUGAUAAGGUGUUGAAACAAAAGCUUUCUUCAUUAGAUGCUCCAAUUAGCACUGCAGUUGAAAACUCAGGCGAUAUUGUUACCACGUAUGAGAGGCUUUCUGCAAUGAUUUCAUUACUUACAAAGGUGAAUAUAAGUGCGAAGGUUUUCCUUCACGAUGAUAAUGAUUAUAAGUUGGAUAUUCUUAAAUUAAGCAAGAAACUUAUCAAGAUAAAAACAGUGUUGGACGAAUUAUCAUAUAAUGACACUGAACUUAUUAUAGAGAAGAAGAGUAUUUAGAAAUUCUCUUGUAUUUUUUUUUAUAUAUAUAUUUAUAUGUAACGUUUUAUUUAUGUUAUUUAUCGAUUGGCUUUUAAUAUAAUAUACAUGU